AUCCACCACGGUGGGGAUAGGCUUUUUUUAAAUAUAAAUAACAUUAUCCCGAUUUGAGAUGCGUAGUCAACGUUUAGGUAGAUUAUCAACAGACCAAACAUGAAAUUGAUCAUUUUCUCACUUGCCAUAACUGCAGUCUUUGCGAGGCCGCAAACAGCAUCACAGCCACUACCUGCAAAAUCAGGCACAUCUGAGGAACCAAUCCCGAUAGUGAGAUAUGAAAAUGAAGGUGUCAACCCGGAUGGAUCGUACCAGUGGAACUACGAAACCGGUAACAAUAUCAUAGCCCAAGAACAAGGGCAGCUGAAGAAUGCUGGCAAUGCGGAAAAUGAGGCGAUGGAGGUGACCGGGUCGUACGAGUACGUCGCGGAUGACGGCACCAAGAUCCAGGUGACGUACAUCGCCAACGAGAACGGGUUCCAACCCCAAGGAGAUCAUCUCCCCACUCCACCACCAAUCCCUCCAGCGAUCCAGAGGGCGUUGGAGUGGAUCGCGGCGCAUCCAGAACCAGAAGAGCAAAACAACAAGUUGUAGUUAAUUAGGAAUUGCAAAAUUGUAAUGUAUAUUAUUUAAUUAUUGUAAAUAAAUUUUUUAUAUAUUU